AUGGCUACUGGAGGCGGUGACAUCUCUUUCGAAGACGAAGAAUCCAGUGAAGCAAUGGCGCAGGAGCUCUCCCGCAAGAGGCGCCGCCGCCGCUGCUGCUUCCGCAUUCCUUGCUUCCGAAGCGCAAAGCGAUCGCCAGUCGUCGGACAGGUCGCGCGGACUGCGGAGAGCGACGAGAACUGGUGGAUCAGCGCACUGAAGAAGCUCCGCGAGUGGUCGGAGAUCGUCGCGGGGCCGCGCUGGAAGACGUUCUUGCGCCAAUUUAAUCUGAGCAGGAGCGGCCGCGGCCGCGGCCGCGGCGCUGGCAAGCGGAAGGCUAGAUUUCAGUACGAUCCUCUCAGCUACUCCCUCAACUUCGACGACGGCCCGGGGCAGAACCGCGAUUUCGACGAGGAGUACGGGUCCCGUACCUUCUCGGUGAGGUUCGCGGCCAUCCCGACGUCGGCGAAGUCGUCGGCAGAUUUCGGGAAGAACGUGACGGCCCGGGCAAAUUAA